AUUAACCUAACAGUUCUUAAUACUUCUGAAGACCCUGUCUCUCUAAACUCUAAUCUGCAACUUACCUUACACCCGAUCAACUAUGAAACUUGUCAAGUACACAAUACUUACCAAACAGUUCUCGACAGAACUAACGAAGUCCUUAACCUUCUCCGCGUUUCACAUCUAAAUACAGAAGAAAGCGAAGCCCUCUAUGACGUGUGCUCGAAUUAUUCCGAUAUAUUUCACUUACCUAAUGAUCCACUUAGCUCAACUGACAGUAUUCAACAUGAAAUCCGCACAUCUUCUGAUCAGCCCAUUAACGUUAAAUCUUAUCGCUUCCCGGAAAUACAUAAGCAAGAAGUCAACUCCCAAAUAAAGAAAAUGAUAGGUCAGAAUAUUAUUAAACCUUCCUUAUCUCCGUGGUCUUCUCCAAUAUGGAUUGUUCCCAAAAAGAUCGAUGCUUCUGGUGAAAAGAAGUGGCGUAUAGUCAUUGACUAUAGAAAGUUAAAUGACAUCACAAUUGGUGAAAUCUAUCCUAUUCCUAACAUUGUUGAAAUAUUAGAUCAAUUAGGUAACUCUAAAUACUUCUCUACUCUAGACCUUGCUUCCGGAUUUCACCAAAUAAAAAUGUCUCCACAAGACGCUUGUAAAACCGCGUUCAGUGUUCCCCAAGGACAUUUCGAAUUCACUCGAAUGCCCUUUGGUUUAAAAAACGCGCCAGCGACCUUCCAACGUCUAAUGAAUAAUGUCUUAACAGGCCUUCAAGGCGAAAGAUGUUUUGUUUAUCUAGACGAUAUUGUCGUUUAUUCACAUGAUUUAAAUAGUCAUAUUCAAAAUUUGACAGCAGUUUUUCAAAAACUUCGUAGUUUUAACUUGAAAUUGCAACCAGAUAAAUGUGAAUUCUUAAGAAAAGAAGUCGGCUAUCUAGGACACAUUAUAACAGAAAAUGGCCUAAAACCUGACCCAAAUAAAGUUAAAUCUGUUCAAGAAUUCCCAGUUCCAAAGUGUCCGAAAGAUAUAAAAUCAUUUUUAGGUCUUAUAUCUUACUACAGACGUUUUAUCCCUGAAUUUUCAAAAUUAUCGAAGCCACUCUCCUCUCUUCUUAAGAAAAAUGUAUCAUUUGUUUGGACAAAUGAACAACAGUUAGCUUUUGAAACGCUUAAAGAUAAGCUGACUAGCGCUCCAGUCCUUAUUUAUCCCGAUUUCACAAAAUCCUUUAACCUUACUUGUGAUGCAAGUAACUAUGCAAUCUCUGCUAUCCUGUCUCAAGGGCCAGUUGGCAAAGACCAUCCCGUAGCCUAUGCGUCUAGAACCUUGAACAAAUGCGAAAUCAACUAUAGCACAACUGAAAAGGAAUUAUUGGCUAUAGUUUGGGGCUGCAAAACCUUUAGACCGUACCUGUUUGGUCGUAAAUUUAUGAUCAUAACUGACCAUCGUCCUUUAAAAUGGCUUUUCAACCACACUGACCCGAGCAGUAAAUUGCAACGUUGGCGUCUCCAACUUCAAGAAUUUGAAUACGAAAUAGUCUACCGAAAAGGUAAGCUAAAUUCAGCAGCUGAUGCUCUUUCUCGUUAUCCUGUCAACCCUGCAUAUCCUGCAGAUCCUGAUACUGAGCUUAUAGAUUUAGGUCCAUUAGACAUUAGCCCUUUCAAUGCAGAAGUAGGUGACUUCAGUCCUUUAAAUAUUCCAAGUCCUAUGAAUUUACCAGAUCCUCUAAUUCCUGAAGAAAUCCUGAGUCCCUCUCCAGAAGUUUUAAACGAAAAUCCAAACAUAGAAAGGGAAAAUGAAUUACAGCCUUCCGCUAACCAAGUUCCCGGAACGCAGUCUCUGCCUUUAGAUUCACCUGAUACUUACUCAAAGUUCCUGAAAGUUCCUCGGACUGUAACGUAUGACACAGUGAUUUCCGAGUUCAACGAUAGCCUACUAAAAACUCAGAAUAAAGUCUUAGUAAUACCUACAUCGCUUGAUCUAGACGAAUCUAUUCCCUACGUCCAAGAAAUCUUAUCAAAUUCGCCAGAUUCCGAGUCGUUUAUGAAUUCAGAGAGAACCCUACAUUCCUAUAAACCAUUAUUGGUCGCUGAUAAAACCUACUAUUUCCUAUUUAUUAAAGUACACCACUUUGACAAUUGUACCUAUAGUGAUAUCUUCGAAUCCUUAAAGAAUCUACGUAAUCACCUAAUGUCUCUUAACGAGGCUAUUCAUAAAAUUAGUAUUACUGACUUCAAAAAUCCAUUUGAUAAACAUACAUAUAUUAAAAUUUAUAAUAUGCUAGCUCACCUCUUUCACAAUACAUCAAUUCAAAUUCAGGUGUAUCGCAAUAAAAUAUAUUAUCCUAGUCCUUCUGAAGUUCAGAAAAUUCUCCGUGAGAAUCAUGAUAUUCCUAUCGCUGGGCACCUUGGUGCAAAUAGAAUGUUUAAUAAAAUUCGAGAGCAGUAUUUUUGGAAGAAUAUGAGGACGGAAAUAGAAGAUUAUGUAAAAAGGUGUAAUUCUUGUCAGACCAACAAAGCUCUUAGGAAAAUUAACCGUGCACCCAUGCAGAUAACUAGCACCUCCACUGCCCCCUUUGAAAGAAUGUCUCUUGAUAUAGUUGGUCCUCUUCCUGAAUCCGGCACAGCCAAAAUUAAAUAUAUUCUAACACUUCAGGACGACCUAACUAAAUAUUCAAUAGCAUAUCCAAUUCGAAGUACUACCGCCGAAGAAACCAGCGACUGCCUGAUUCACUUUAUUUCUUUGUUUGGCAUACCAAAAACUAUCCUUACUGAUCAAGGCACAAAUUUUACAGCAGAGCUAUUUAAAGAAACCUGCAAAUUUCUAAAGAUUAAACAGCUGUGGUCAUCUCCAUACCAUCCACAGACACAAGGCGCUCUGGAAAGAAGCCAUUCCACCUUAAAAGAGUACCUUAAAUCUUACAUAUCUGAAAACCAAGACAAUUGGCCAAAAUAUGUAUAUACUGCUAUGCUCGCCUAUAAUACAUCUAUACAUUCAACAACAAAUUUCACUCCCUACGAGUUGAUUUUCGGUCAUAAACCAAUCCUUCCUAAUUCCAUAUAUGAACCUAACACGAAUGCCUCGUAUCCGGACUAUAUUAAGAUGCUUCAACAUCGCCUUAAAUGCACGCGUGAUAAAGCCGUCGAAUUUAUAAAGAAGUCGAAAGAGUCUUCCAAAGCCUAUUACGAUGCCCGCACAAGACCUGUAAGUUACCAUGCUGGUGACUAUGUGUACCUUAAAAAUCACCUCCGUAUGCGUAAGGCUCUAUCUCCGGUCUGGAAAGGCCCUUAUAAAAUUAUUAAGGUUAAUGGUAGAAAUAGUGUAACGCUAUUAAUAAAUAGACGACACGUGUCCCAUCAUUUUGAUGAAAUAAAAUUAGCUCAUCGCCGUGACACCGUGUCAUAAUCACUUUAAGCUU